AUGAGGCGUGAGGUCAUGGAGGAGGAGGAGGAGGCCACUUGUAUUUUCUGUGACCGCGUAUUACUCCCUGAGUCAGGAAAGGCUAUGAGUGGUGAAACCCCAUGAACAAUGUCUUCAGAUGGGGCCUUUAAGAAGCUCAGUCCGUCUGAAGUCACCCUCACGGAGACACGCAGUGGCAGCUCCAGCCACCGCACAUUCCUCUCCAGCGGUGGGGACAGGUGGGAGCAGCCAGAGCCCUCCCAGCCCCCUGGGAGACUUGAAGCCUGUGCUUCCCACACAGACCACAUUCCUGCUCUGCCACCCCUGCACCUGCAGCCAGGGAUCCAGUGGACCUCCAGAGCCACAACUGUCCCUCUGUCAACCGUAGCCAGUGCCCAGCAAUUCAGGAGGCCUAGUGGUGAAGGGAGGCUGGGGAAAGUGGAGGGUGGGAGGAGGAGCUCAGCCAUGGGGAAGAAGGGGCCUGCAGGUGGCUGGGGUGCACCAGAGCAAAUGCCUUUGCAUCAGGCCUUUGCCCCGAUACUCUAGUUCUGAGAACCUGCUGUAAAUAAAGGAGGUAAUUCUGAUCUGGGACACAGACCCUUUGUGCUCGAGGAUAUUCACUGCAGUGUUAUUUACAAUG